CUCUAUCUGGUGAAAGUGCCAAUGUGUUUAAUGAGCUGGACUGAAAGUAUGGCACCAAGGAUCAAGGUUCUGCUUUUUGUUAUUUGGUGGAGUACUAUAGUCACACUGACAGGAGGCUCUGAGGCAGAGCGCAGACUGUUGGACAAUCUGUUUAAGGAUUAUAAUCUGAAGGUACGACCUUCUCGGGCCUGGAAUGAGACAGUGAUGGUCCGAGUUGGGAUGACUCUAGUCCAGCUCAUUAGUCUGGACGAGAAAAAUGGAGAGAUGACUACCAAUGUGUUCAUGAACAUGGCCUGGACUGACUACAGGUUAUCCUGGAAUCCAAAAGACUAUGAUGGUAUUGACAUUAUUCGAAUCCCUCCUACCAAAGUGUGGCGUCCAGAUAUUUACCUUAUUAACAAUAAUGAUGGACAGUUUGAUGUUGCACUAUACGUGAAUGUGCUGGUUACUAGUGAUGGCACAGUUUCCUGGCUGCCUCCAGCUAUAUACCGCAGCUCCUGCUCCAUCGAGGUGGCAUACUUUCCAUUCGACUGGCAGAACUGCACAAUGGUGUUUCGAUCGUAUACGUAUGACGCGUCAGAGGUGAAUCUACAGUACGGCCUGGAUGAGAAUGGAAAUGAGCUGCAUGAAAUAGUCAUAGAUGAAAAUGCUUUUACUGAGAAUGGAGAGUGGCAGAUCUGGCACAAACCUACCAGGAAAAACACUCAGGAGGAUCUUUAUGAGGACAUCACCUUCUAUCUGAUAAUCGAGAGGAAACCACUGUUCUACAUCAUCAACAUAAUUGUGCCCUGCAUCCUGACUAGUGUGCUGGCUAUAUUUGUCUUCUAUCUGCCACCUGGGGCAGGAGAGAAGAUGACACUUUCUAUCUCUGUCCUCAUUGCCCUCACUGUCUUCAUGCUCCUGCUGGCUGAUCGAGUCCCUGAGACAUCUCUGGGAAUCCCUAUUAUCGUGAACUAUGUGAUGUUCACCAUGAUCCUGGUGACUUUCUCAGUCAUCCUGAGUGUGGUGGUGUUGAAUCUUCACCACAGGACCCCCAACACACAUUACAUGCCUGGCUGGGUGCGCAAGGUGUUUAUCGACUUCUUACCUCCCUACCUGGGUAUGCUAAGACCCCACCGAGAGGAGCAUGUAGAAGUAGAGCCUAAAGAGGACACGCCCCCUAUCCGUGUUGACCACUGCCUUAGGCCUGGAGGAGACUAUUUUAUCCGAAAGAUUAAUCCUGAGCUGGUUAUGCCAUGGAGAGGAAGCCGCUCUGAUAACACAGUGCAGCUACAGAAGCUUUAUGACGGUGAAAGUUACUGCCUUAUCCUACCUGCAGAUCUCAAGUCCGCCAUAGCCGCCAUUACCUUUAUGGCCGAACAGUUCAAAAAACAAGAUACAGAUGAUGCUAUGACUGAUGACUGGCAGUACAUUGCAAUUGUGUUGGACCGCCUUUUCCUCUGGCUCUUCGUCAUCAUCACCACACUGGGUACCCUUGCCAUGUUUCUGGAUGCCAGCUUUAACCACACACCUCAGAACCCUUUUCCCUGA